UUUCAGACCAAUUCAUAACUUCUUAUACUUUCAAUUUUUUGGAUCUUCAAAACUGUUUUCAUUUUUUUUUCACCGUAACUAAAAUUAUUGGGUUUAUAUUAGAUGGAAAUGCGCUGGUCUUUGUGUUGUCACAUAAACGUUCGAAUCGCCUAUACAAUUUGUGGAAUUAUUAUUGGAUUGUUCUGGGCAUGUGUCUACAUUUUUGCUUGGAAGAACUGGGUUGCACUUGCCGCGUGUCUCACUGCCACUGCAUUUGCUUUUGAAACAUUUUAUUUUUACUUAUCAGUAAAAAGAGAUACAAUCCUGAAUUGGAAGUCUCAAACUUUUCAAGUUCUUUUUUGGAUAAAUUUGAUUGUUGGUUUUUUAUCAAUUGGAGGAAUGAUAACUGCAAUUGUGCUGGCUGCUACUAAACAUCAAGGAGUAUCAAAUAAAGAUCAACAUGGUUUAAAUUGGUGGUCGACUGCCACAUGGUUUCUUGUUAUGCUUAAAUGGACAUGGCAAAACGCAUUUAUCGCCAGAUAUUAUGGAAAGCUGCUGACGAAGUCAAUUAUUCACCCAGAGGAGCCAGAUGAUCCAUCAACUUGGAAGUUUUAGAAUGUUGAUUUAGUUUUACAUUUCGUGUGAAAUAAUUAUGGGUAUUAUUAAUGAAGUACAUUUUUGUAAUUGUUUUUGACUGAUUUCUGUUGUGUACUAUAAAUGCUAAUCUGUCAGG